UCCAGUUGGUAGGCUGGAUUUUCAUUCGUCCCGCCAAUGGCGCCAAUACGUCGGUCCCGCUCUCAUCUGUUUCACCGAUCACCGCGCACGAGACGCACGUCGGACGUGUAUACAGAGAGGUAUUUUCCGGCAUUUUCCGAGCUCCACGACGAAUUUCGCAGGUUUCCCAUUACGUCAGAGAUGCCACGGCUCGCCGUUCCGCAACGUGUUAGCCCGCGCGCUCGUCAGUAAAACCUCGCGGCGCAAUUUUCAGUACGGAGCAGGAUGGAUACCCAGGAGAGUCAGCUCGAGUGCGACGUAAACGUUCACUUUGUCGUGCCGAGCCACCUUCGAUCCGAGGAUGACUGCAGCGAGAAAAUGUGGCAGGCAUUUAACAAAUGCAGCGAGCUCAACCUGUGUCCAGAAUGGGUCAGCAAAGAAUUGUGCGAUGCGAUGGAGCCAUCAAAGAAGGAUGUGUUUGUCAUAGAAGAAUUCAGAGGCGAUUUGUUCGACAGGCUGAGAACCUUCAAGUGCUCCAGAAUAGUAUCACCAAAGUGCCUGCUUAUUUGUUUCACAAAUGGAGAGCCUAUACCAGAAGGGACGAGUCCAAUAUACACGACAUCCAUGAGAGGAAUGUGCGUUACUGCAUCGGGUUUCAGUCUACAAAUUAAGGAUUGGAUACAACGACAAGUCGAAUAUAUGGGAGGCAUUUUUACAAAGCAACUCAGAGGGUCUGUCACACAUUUAGUAACUGAUUCUGUCAUGUCGGCAAAGUAUGAGCAUGCUGUAGAAAUGAAGAUACCAAUUAUGACAAAGGAAUGGAUAGAAGCUGUCUGGGAAAUAAAUCUGAAGGAGAUAAUUAAGGCAGAUGACAAGAUUUUUGACAAAUACAAAUGUCCAGUUUUUAUGAAUUUAGUAGUUACUUCAACAAAUCUCCACAAACGUGAGAAAGAGGAAAUUAAACGUUCGAUACAUGGCCAUGGAGGAACAUUUAUGGGCCCUCUUGAUGGAACGAAGGUUAGAAUGGUUCUAGCUUCCAAAACUGGUCCGAUGAGCGACAAGCUAAAGUACGCCAUGGAAAACAACAUUCCCUGUUUGAGGACUGAGUGGGUGUACGAAAGUAUCAAAUUAGGAUACGCUCUACCUUUCUGCAACUUUAUUAUUAAAUCUGUGAAAAUGUGCUCGACACCGGAAAGAUCAAAUAACCAAGAAUUGCCCAAUUGGGGUUCUGAUAUUAGCUCUAUAGCACAUGAUAAGCCUCGCAGCAAUUACGUGAAUGAGACUUUUAGUUCGACGGUAUCAAAUGUUUCCAGCGUAAGUGCGGUAACUGGUAAACUCUCUAGUGCCGCUAAGUUAAACGUAUUGGACCGACUUACCUUCGAUGAAGCAAAAUCAGCUGGACCGUUUCUGGAUGGAUGUAAUAUUUACCUCACUGGAUUUGCGCCGAACGUCAGAGAUAAACUGAGUAGAAUAUUAAACGUCGGCGGUGCGACGCGUUUCGAUGAUAUAUCGGACGCUGUAACACACGUCAUCGUUGGCGACGGGGCUAAAGCAUCUGCGGAACUGAAAAUGAUAAAAUCGAGUGGCUCAUGUCCAUAUAUAUUGAACGUAGAAUGGUUGGAGCAGAGUAUGAAACUGAAACGGCCGGCAUCGGAAGAAUGCUAUUUGUUUGAAACAAAAGAUGGAGCAUCUAAGACAACUAUUGAGACACCAGCUUCACCGCUGAGUAAGAAGAACUUACAAAUGUUGCAACAACCAACGAGACUUCCUGUGCCAUCUUUCAAAAUAAUUGCACCCGUGAACGAAAAUGAACAACCGGAUCUUGUGCAGCAAUAUUUGCAAGAGAAUAACGAUCGUAAUAAUGUCACGCAAGAAUUCACGAAACCUCGUGCACUUGUUUCGAAAGAUAAAAACAAAGGGAGUUUGAGUAACACGACGAGUUUGCGCACCAGUGAGCUUUCUUCAUCGGAGGUUACACUAAUCAAAAAUGUAGAAAAUGAUAAUACCGUGUCGCUCAGCCAAAGUUGCGCGGUAAACGAAAAGUUGCUCAAAGGGUUAACAUUCGUCGUGGCUGGGUUUAACGAGAGUGAAGAUAAUCAUAUAGAGGAGACAAUUGCAAUGUUGGGUGGACGCCUAAUCCAGAGAACCUACAGCGGUGUCUCGAAUUAUGGCGUCGUGCCUAUACAUGGAGCAUCCUUAAAACAAAUGGUCCACGAAAUUGUGACCGAUCUAUUUAUUGAAGAUUGCAUAAAUCAGGAAAAAGUCGUAGAUAUCAUGUAUUACCACAAGCCACUAUCUAUUAGAAAACCUUGUACUCCAUUAUCAGGAUGUGUUAUAACGAUGAGCAUGUAUACCGGAGCUGAACGAAUAUAUCUUUCGACGUUGGCUGCAACACUUGGCGCUAUAUGUCAAGAUAUGUUUGCGCGAAAAGCUAACGCAGAGAAGAAUACACAUGCCAGUACACAUCUGAUUUGCCCGACCCCAGAAGGAAACAAAUACAACGCGGCUGUGAGAUGGAAAUUGCCGGCUGUCACUGCUGAGUGGCUGAAGACUUGUGCGGAUGAAUUAACGCUCGUAGAUGAGACUCCAUUUCUCGUUGGGGAAACAAUAGCAUUAGAUAGAUCAAGUAUCAGUGAAACAAAUCCUUCAAGCGUUCGCGAAAAUAGAACAGUACAGAAAGCGCAGGAAAUCUCAACAAGAAAUAUCAUUACACCGAAACGUCACUUGUCUCAGGUCAAGGAUGUGCCUUCUGCUGAAACUCCAUUAAUAAACAAAAGACUUAGUCUUGUAAUGAAUCAGACUCCGCCGUCGCCAUUUCACGUGUCUACUCCAGACACUCCGUACGGACAGGUCUUCCAACCUAAUCCUUCGCCGGACACGCGAAAAGAAUGGCUCAAAUGGGUCAACAAUUUUCCAGAUUUGCACAUAGCAGAACCCCCAGUAAAACGACGCAAUCCUAGCACUCCGCUUUCAGAUUUAAAGAGACAAUUAUGGGAGAAACUGAUGAACGCAGAUCAAUCUGAAAAGGUACAUAAAUCAGAUAAAACGCCGCGACACGAGGUUGAUAAUUUUACGGAAAAAACUGAGGAGGUCGACAAUCGAUCUAACAAGACCAAUCUAUCAACUUCACCCAUUAACCGAAAGCUGGACUUUGAUGAAAAAAAUAACUCUAUACCAAAUAAUGAGAUAAACAUGCAAAUCGCGCAAUUGGAUCAAGUGCUUCAACGAACGUCGAGUACACCUGAAAAUAGAUAUUCGUUGUCCGGGGAAAAUGCGAAGAAGUACAACGAAACUUCUGAUCAUAUACAAAAGUGUAUAGUAAAAGACUCGCAACCUAUCGACGCUAUUGUAUGGGAAGAUCCGGAUCACCCCAAGCGAUCAAUUAUAGGUAAACAGUCAAGUAAGGAUAGCAAUGUGAUUCACGAAGAACAUAUUGAGGAUGACGUCACAGAACAUGAAGAAUGUGAACCACUCUCAAUACGAAAAUUUAUGUUGUCGGGUAUAAAGAACAACAAAAACGAAUGCGAAUCUAUGAUAAAGGAUCUGGGCGGAGAUGUAUCGACGAACGCAAAUUUCGACAACAGUGCCACGCAUCUCCUGUGCAUCAAGCUUUCCAAAAACGAAAAAGUGCUCGGCAGUAUAGCCGCAGGAAAAUGGGUCUUACAUUGCUCAUAUCUACAUAGUUCACAUCAAAAUGACAGAUUUCUUGAUGAGGAAGAAUAUGAAUGGGGCAAUCCAAAAAGCAAAAACACGAUUCCGAAAUCAAGCGGUGAGAUCGAGAAUGCAAUCGCAGCCGCGGCUCACAGGUGGCGGCUGAAAUUGCAGAAAAAUCCAAUUGGCCCGUUUUCCAACAUAGUGGCUCUGCUGAUGGUCUCCGAGGAGAAGUACGACCAGGUUAAGAGAUUACUUGAAGCCGGUGGCGGCUCAGUCGUGCAAGCAAGACCACCCUACGAUGUAAGUCCGUCUGGACGUAAAAUCACGCACUGCUUUGUCAAUGUGAAACAAAUAAACCAGCCUGUAGACUGGGCCAUGCUGGCUAGUAAGGGCAUCCUUUGCUUUCCGCCGCAAUAUCUCAGCGAUUAUCUGACGACAGUGAAACCGCUCAAUCCGCGAGAUUGCGUACUCCCAGAAUUUAAGAAAUACCUGACGCUACUCCCCAAGUAGCCAGGUUGGAAUUGUGCUUAAAUUUACAAAUGAAGUAUCAACGAUUUGGUAAAAUAUACGAAAUACAAUAGUGUAUAUAGCAAAUUCAUAACCACAGUGUCGAAGAACUGAAAUUUAUUUAAGAUACUGUUAUUUCCCUUUUAUAGAAAAUAAUUAAGUGAUUGAUAAGUUUGUUUAUUCGUCGUGUCACUUUCAAUUAUGCAUAAUUAUUUUACAAAGAUGUUACAAAAUCUUUAUUUUUUAGGAUAUACCGUAUUUGCAGAUAUUUGAUACACAAGAAUACAAUUGUACAAUAUUAAUGAAAUAUUAAUAUAAUUAUAUUACAAAUUGUGUUGUAGAAAGGAAUAAAAACUUAUAAUUACAGCAAA